UGCAGCUAGCCUUAUUACUUGCCGGCCCGUCACUCACCCCUCUCUCUCCCGCCGGCCCCGUUCCUCUACUAGUCCUUCUCCUCUCUCUUUCACACACACACACGCGGCCAAAUUCCGCUCUCUGCUUUGUUUACGCAGGCGACGCAAGCCACGCAGCGCGCCGCCGCCGCCGCGUCUCCUCUCCGCCCCGCGAAGCUUCCGGGGGGCCCUCUUCCUUCCUCCGCCCCAGCCCUCGAGUCGGUCUCCACCGGCGGCAGCGGGCUUCCGCGCCGGCGCCGGACUGGGUCGGCCCGGCCACGAGUAAUCUAAGGUUCACACAAGGCGCCAUGGCAAUCAUUCUAGGAGAGCACUUCAACAAGCCACUAUUCCACUAGAGUUGGUUUUUGUGAAUCUACCAUGGGGACGACCACAAGAGCCUCCGAUGAUCAAAGAUGGCAACAAUCGCAAUUGUCGCUUAAUGAUCCUUCGUUGCACCAAAGCCGAUUAAGUGGCGACAACCACCAAAACUAACAAGAAUCUGCUCAACUAGAUCAAUAGUGCCAUUAGAUUACUCCUCAAUCUCACUAAGAAUGUAUCACUGUCACUAGAUGUGGGUGAGAGAUGUUUUCGUGCUUACCAGGAUGUAUACUCAGUUGAUAUUGAUAAGCCAUGAUAUCUCCCUUAAGACCGCACAACAUCUAUUUAUAAGGUCGUAAGGCUCAACUAGUUGUUGGAACCGUAACCGGAUCCUCUGCAGUACUUCCCGGCCACCACCGUGUGGGCGCAGGGCGUGGCGGGGCCUGCACACAGUGACCCGGCAAGGGGCUACGUCCCGGGAAGUACAACAGAGGAUCCACUCGCGUUGGAAUCAACCCACUCUAGCCCGUGGGUCAUCGAACCAUCUGAACCCUAGCAUCGGACCAUAACCAAAGGUCUAACGCCCUCCGAUGCAACCAUGUGGACUAGCCGUUUAAUUUUUUUUGUCCAACAACUAUGCCCAUAUGGUUUGAUGCCCUUGAGUUCGACAACCAAAACCUUUGGGUCCGAUGACCUGUGUAAAAUAUACCUAGGAGCAGCCAACUUUCGUUGAAGUGUUGCUGAAUUUCCUUGCAAGUAUCUUGGGCUGUCUUUGUCAGUAAAAAACACUAAGGGGGGCCUCAUCUCACUCAUUGAUAAGAUCGCCUACCUCCUCCUGGGAUGGAAGGCAUCUCUGUUACACCCAGCAGGGCGUGCUACUCUGGUCAAGGCGGUUCUUACAGCAGUCCCCAUAUAUCAUUUCACCUCCGUACAAUGUCCAAAAUGGGUGUUAAAGGCAAUUGAUAAAAUUUGGAGAAGUUUUCUAUGGAAGGGUCGCAGAGAUACUCAAGGUGGCCACUGUUUGGUGAGUUGGGACCUCGUGACCUGGGGGGUCUUGGCUUACAUAACUUGGAAGCUCUUGGAUGGGCAUUAAACUUGAGGUGGCUAUGGUUGAGGAAGACUAGAACUGAGGGCCCUUGGAGGGAGUUGCAGGUACAGACCUGUGGCUUAUGCAGCAGCUUUUUUUUGCUGCUGCUAUGGUCUCAGUGGUGGGGGAUGGCGCUAAUACUCUUUUCUAGUUGGACAAUUGGCUUCAUAGUUCAUCCAUCUCAGUCUUAGCUCCGGCUCUGGUUGCUACAAUUCCUAAACGUAUUGUUGGACGACAUUCUGUUCAGGAGGCCCUCAAUAACCUUCAAUGUGUUCAAGAUAUACAGGGACAUCUUUCUGCUCAAGUCUUAAAUGAUUAUCUCUGGUUAUGGGACAUGCUAGGCUAGAGGACUUUCAGCUUGCGCCAGGGGUUCCUGACCACCUUUCCUGGUCUCUUACUGCAUCGGGUCUUUUUUCCUCGAAAUCAGCUUAUCGCGAUUUCUUCUUGGGGUCGAUCCAGUUCGAGCCAGCUAGUCGCAUUUGGCAUAGUUGGGCUCCUCCGAGGUGCCAAUAGUUCAUGUGGUUUGCCACCUUGAACAGGUGCUGGACAACAGACAGAUUAGCACGCCGUGGUCUCGACCACCCCGUCCUAUGUUCUCUUUGUGAUCAGGAGGAGGAGAGCAUGGAACACUUUAUGAUUCAAUGUGUGUUUGCUAGAGGUAUCUGGUAUGAGGUCCUAGCCUUGGUCAAUCUCCAGCACCUAGCCCCGAGUUCUCAAGUUGUCAAUUUGCAAGAAUGGUGGAGAGUUGCGGAAAAGGGGUACCAAAACAGCACAGGAAAGGUUUCAAUUCUUUGGUUCUGUUGGGGGCUUGGUGGAUUUGGAAACAUGGGAAUGCAUGCAUCUUUGAGGGUACAUCGCCUCACGCUCCUACCCUAAUUGGAAUCAUCAAAGAGGAGGUUGCACUGUGGUGUAAAGCAGGGGCUGCUGGUUUGGAGGCUCUGUGGCCCCUGUAAUUAUUUGUUCUUAGUUUCUUAUCUAUGGACCCCUUUGUGUAUGCUUCUACUUGGCCUCCAUGAGGAGACCUAAACUUUGUAUUGGCCUUUUGGGCUUGGUUUUUCUCUUUCUUCUUAAUUAAUAUGCAGUUCUCCUGUAUAUUCGAGAAAAAAGUGUCAAGAUCAGUAUUCCUUAUACUCUUUACUAGCUGUUUAUCUGUCAAGGGAUGCAAACGAUUCAGUGUAAAACCUUAUAGUGCAUUUUCUUGUCAGUUAAGGAAGAAUAAUUUGGACUGCAUAUAUUUCACAACGUACACAUCUCAAAAAGGGUGCCUCUUCCAUAUUUUUGGUGUGGUUUUUUUUAUGAAUUGGUUGAAAUUCUGAAUUCUUGCUGUUUCAUCUUGUUGUGCAUCGAUGUGCUCAUUCAGAAUUGUGUUUAUGUAUCCAUGAACUGGAAAUCAAACAGCGAAUAUUGAAUGAACUUGGAUGAUUUUGGCAAUUGUUUUGUGAUAUCUUGGUAUGCGUUCAUAUGUGUCUUAAUGUUAUGUGAUACUGAAUUAGUGAUAUUGAUUUUUGUUUUCAUUUCCAGAUUAUUAAGGGCAGGCAGACAUUACUUGUUUUAUGGCUAGAAAUAAUGAGGGUCAUCUCCAGCUGCCAGAGAUGGAUCAUAUUCAACCCAAGAACACCCCGCACAAUGAACCACUGCCUCUAGGCCAGAAGCUUAUGCUGCAUCAUGGAAGUGAUGCACCCCUUAGAAUUGGUCAUUCAAGUCAUGAGAAUAUGAGACUUAGAUCAAAUGAUCUUCCACCUUUAAGUCACACUGUGCAAACUCAAGGUUAUAGAGUUGGGAACCCAGGAGCCUCGCAUGCUCCUUUUGUUCAUUGUCAUGCUGGAAGUUCCAGUAGUCAUUUACCAGAACCUGCUGUGAAUUAUCCACAUAGGUCGGAGGAAGGCUUUGCUCCAGUGGGUUCCCAUAUGGACAACAGAAGGGCUGCAACGAAGCGAAAAGAUCCUAUUGUGCACCCUGCUGGGAUCAGUGCUACUGGUUAUUAUGUUGGAAGUUCUUCCAAUACUCAGCUAUCUAACUCUGUGCAGCCAAAUCCUGCUCCACUUUCUGAGCCCUUACUUCGUCAAAUACCUUUAAGCAUUGACCGAAGUGGUUGGGAUGGCCUACACUUAAUUCAUCAAGAAGGAUUUCAGAGGAAUGUGAGAGCACGCCAGCGCCACAGCCAUAAUAUUUCAUUAGAGCCCAGAACAGCUUCAACCUACCCACUAAACAGUGUUCAUGUGCCAUCAUUUGGUUCAACUACAAGUGCUUCCUUAAGUAUGUCAGUGGAAAGGAACCAAGCAUCUGUUUCUGUGCCAACAAGAAAUGUACCAUCAGGUGCACCAGGUAUCACUAGCAGGUCCCUGACAAGGAGGGCUUACUAUCCUGUGGUUGGAAGUAGCAACUCAAGCGUUGAUGUCGUUCCAACUAUCUGUGGAUCAUCUGGCGCAGCAAUAUUUGCUAAUGGUGGCUAUGCUCUUAAUGCUGAUGCUGGAACUGUUUCUAUCUACCCUAAUCCAGCUCCUGCUACUUCAUCUGGCUCUAUAACCAUGCCCAUGCCCAUGCUCCAUCAGAUGGUCAUUCAGAGCCAUCCACCUGCUACCUCUGCAGCAACCUCUACAUCCAUGUGGAUCGCUCAACCAUUACCUGCCAGAACUGCUGCGGCUUCUAGACAUGCAAGACGCGUAUCAGCAGGGCUUGCCAACAAUGGAAGGUACAGAAGGGCUAGGAGCUCUUACUACAGCCUUCAUCCACUGAUGAUGGUAGAGGCAGAGCGGUUCAUGAUGGACCAGUUGGUCUUUUACGAAUCAAGAGCAGCAGCCGCUGACCCCCACAGGGACAUGAGACUGGACAUCGACAACAUGAGCUACGAGGACCUGUUGGCUUUGGGAGAAUCUAUGGGCAAUGUCAACACAGGCUUGGCCGAUGAGAAAAUUUCGAAGUGCGUGAAAGAAGUGGUCUGCUGCAGUUCCGACCAGAUGCAAACCGAUCAAGAUGACCAGGAUGACGACGGAAGCUGCGUCAUCUGCCUGGAGGGUUACAGAGACAAGGAUAUGCUGGGGAUACUGAAAUGCAGGCACGACUUCCACGCCGGCUGCAUCAAGAAGUGGCUGCAGACGAAGAACUCGUGCCCGGUGUGCAAAGCCGCCGCCGCCUAGGACGACACCAGAGGAGCGAGCAACUAUUUUGUGCUCCUCCUCGAUCCAUUCAUUUUUUAGGCUCAGGUCGAAUUAUAUAUGCCGUUCCAUUCUUUUGAUUCCUGGCAGUCGUGUAAAUAAAUGCUCUGUGUUGGUUAUUUUAGUUAUCACUUGGGUUACAUUAGCCCAAAUUCUCCUGUUGCAUUGUAAACAAUCCAGUGGUGAAGGCAAUUGAUCAAGUGGUUGCAAGCGCAUGUCGUGAAUGGUUUUCG